ACGUAGAAUCAGCGCUAUUUUCAAACUUGUUAAAUCGAUUGUCAAUUUGUUACUUCGAGAUUUUACAGUAAUUGUUUGAAAUGUUAUAAAAUUAUGGAAAAACCAGUCGAUAUAAUAGAUAUUAAAGAAAAUGAAAGAAAACUACGAAAAGAAGCCAAAAAAAUAAUAAAACAAAGGACUAUAGAAGUAUUGAAAAGACCGACACAUUUAUUCAUGCACGAGAAAAAUCUGAUUAAAAUUCCAGAACCAAAACAUCCCAACCACAUCGUUUACGCAUAUUACCAUAAUAAUCAACUGACAAAUAUCGAAAACUUAGAUUUGUUAUAUAAUGUAACCCAUCUUCAUCUUCAAUGGAACAAAAUAACCAAAAUUGAGGGAUUGGAGAAACUAUACAACUUAAAGAAGUUGUAUUUAAACAACAACCGCAUCAGCGUGGUGGAGAAUUUGGAGACAUUGAGAUACCUUGAAGAACUGCACAUUGAAAAGCAAAAUACAGAGAGUCCUGAUGGGCUGUGUUUUGAUCCUCGGACUGUGAUUUCUAUUGGAUCAUCGCUCAGAAUACUAAAUGUUUCGGAAAAUAAAAUAACAGAUAUGGCUUGGGUGAAACCACUAAGACGGCUUGAAGUCCUCAUUGCAAAGAAAAAUAAACUCGAAAACGUACAGGCCGUUGCUGAUGAUUUAUGCACGCUUACUUCGCUAGUUGAUGUUAAUUUCACCGGGAAUCCUAUGACGCGAAAACAUCGUUACAAGGAAACCAUAAUUGCUAGAUGUUCUCAAUUGCGAGUCUUAGAUACUGUUGUGAUUCACAAUACAUCCAAAACGUUCCUGCAAAGCUUCGACAAGGCAGUGCGUUUGCGUCAAUUAAAUGAAAGGAACAAAUUGAUCAUGAAUCGGCAGGGUGUUGACGACUUCUUUGAUUUGAACAUGCUGCCUGGACCACGAGCGCUCAGUGCGCUGUCAAUAUCCGAAUAUUCUAACCAGAAACCUAAAUUAACGGCUAUAGACUCCACAUACACGUUAUCGCAGCGUUCGAUUUAUCGAGCUCAUCAUGCCCCCUCGCCUCGUGCGGGGGUCGCACCCCCUAUGGAGCCGCCGCCGCUACCGAAGCAGCCAACUGUGGCAUCCGACUCGCCUCCAAUUAAAGGGAUACUCAAGAAACCCAUGCCUAUUAAAUACAUUUUCAAGCUAAAGUAUUAUUUAAUUAUGGACAAUUUAAUAGAAGAAGCAUGUGAUAUUCUUAACGAAGAAACAUCAGCAUUAUACUUAGGCAGUGAAAUAGCCGAGACCGAUGUUCUAGAUCCCUUACAGUUCUACAGAGAAUAUGUAUCAAAAAACUUGCCGGUCGUGAUAAGAGGGGGCUGUGCGGACUGGCCUGCUGUGGAAAAAUGGAACUCAGAGUAUUUUAGGCAAACAAUACCAGAAAAAAAAGUUACAGUAGCAGUCACACCGAAUGGCUAUGCAGAUGGUAUUGCAGAGGACUAUAAUGGAUUGGAAUAUUUUGUCAUGCCGUAUGAAAUGGAAAUGACUAUGGAGCAGUUUUUAAAUUGUUUAGAAGAGAAACGAGAUAAUUUUAUUCCUUACAUACAGCGCCAGAACUCAAACCUGACUGAGGAUUUUGCUGAGCUGAUGCCUGAUGUAAAGCCAGACGUUCCGUUUGCGAGUGAGGCAUUUAACAAGAAGCCCGAUGCUGUCAACUUUUGGAUGGGGGAUUCAAGAGCUGUUACUUCCAUGCACAAAGACCCAUAUGAAAACAUUUACUGCGUGAUUGAUGGAUCCAAAGAGUUUAUACUUAUACCGCCAACUGAUCUACCAUACGUCCCCUAUAGGAGGUAUCCUCAAGCUGAAUUCAAAAGGGCUGGUGACAAAUGGAACAUGGUGCCUGUAAGUGGGGGGAUAAAGAUCACUGAUGAAGAUGAUGAUAUUGGAAAUGAGGAUUGUGGGCUGCCUUGGAUAUGUGUUGAUCCGCUAAAUCCGAACUACAUAAAGUACCCGGAAUUCAGAAAGGCGCAUGUAUACAAGGUGCGUGUAAAUAAAGGCGAUUGCCUAUACCUGCCUAGUCUCUGGUUCCACCACGUUAGACAGAGCCAUGGGUGCAUAGCUGUCAAUUACUGGUACGACAUGGACUUCGACAUUAAAUACUGUUAUUUCAAAAUGCUGGAGAAGUUAUGUGUUAAAUAUUGAAGUAUGGUCUAAUUUUAACCACCCUGUACAUGAAUGACAAGACUUAAGCUUGAUUUAUUAAAUAGUUCAAUACAUUAAAUGUCUACUUAAAAUUUUACUCAAAAGUGAAAUUGAUUUAUUAAUACAGCAAGUUACUCACGUAAGCAGUAGCUUACCUGAGUAACUUAUGAUGUAAAACUUACUAAUGUUACGCUCUUCUUACGGUUUAAAUGCCUUUGAAAUUUUUAAAAUGUAUUUUGCCUCAACCUACUAAAUUAUUUCUAUGAAAAUAUGUAAAUAAAAAAUAUUGUGGUAAAAUAUUUAAUUUAAUGCAUUUCCGUUAUUUAUAUUACAAAUAUAAUUAUAAGAAGUAUUGUAUUUAUCGUGCUUGCUUUGAAUGUGCUUGAAGUAGAUAUAUUCUGUUUUCCUUCCACUUGUAUAUUCUGUAAGGAAAAUUUAUAUAAGGUUGAAUAGGAAAGAUCUUAAACAGUAAAUAAAAGCCCGUUUACUUCAUAAUUCAGAUACAUUAUAUAUUGGAAGUACUGAGCGAAUAUGUAUAACAACGUAAGUUGGUAUCUGUUUUAUUUCUCGUUAUACUUUCAGCUGGGCAAUGAAAUUAAUUCGUCAUAAGA